AUGUCGCAACUUACGUUUAUUUUAUAUGCUUGCGUAAACUUCACCAUUUUACUCUGUGUCUCCGCACAAAUCCAUAAAUCGAAUAAUAACAACAACAAUAGUUAUAAUUACUAUUUGCCAGCUUAUGCUGUUGCUUCAGCAGCUUCGGGUUUUCUGAAUUCGACAUUAUGUGAAAAGGAAUUACUAAAUUUUCGAGACGCUGUCGAUCAACGAAUACUCUGGAGUUUAAGAGUGUUGGAUUCUAGCGGUGAAUUUCAGUCAGGUUUUCUUUAUGGAAAUAAUUAUUGGCUGGGCAGUCAUAUUCAGUGCUUCGAUACGAUGAAUACUGCUUCUCUACAAAUUUCAAAGCGGGAUUUAUUAAAUAACACGCUGUAUCGUGAUCCACAAAAGGAGAUUCCUCCUUUUAAAGUAAAUUAUUUCGCUGCCCAUUUUAAACACAAUAGUACUCUUCAGUACCAUAUUAACAUGCCUAAUGAAGAUGUAAUGACACUUGGUCUCUGUUUACCAGCAUCAUGUUCUACAAAUGACAUAAGUUUUAUUUUAGAAAGGAUAUUUCGUGAUAGAAUUUUUCUAAUUAGUGACCUUUAUUCUGCGGAUUUUAAGCUGAUCCAGGUUAAAAAUCUAAUAAAUAAUGAAUGGCUCACUAGUGGUGCUAUACCUUUCAUUUGCGUUAUUUUACUGCUUUCUAUUUUUAUGGUAACAAUCGGAACAAUAUAUGAUAUAUUCGUAAAUCAAAAAUAUUCAAAUAAGAAGCAUAGAAUUAACAAUAAUGGGAAAACUUUAAUUCAGGAAAUAGAAAUCGAAUCGGCUUCGUCUUUAAAGAAAAGUAGAAUUGGAAAAAUAUUAUUAUGCUUUUCUAUUUUCAUAAAUACAAAAAUAAUAUUUAACACGAAAUUGCAUGCCGAUACGCUGCCUAUUAUUCAUGGCUUAAAAUUUCUAAGUUCAUGUUGGUUAAUAAUAAGCCAUACAGUAGCUUACAUGAUAGAAUAUACUGAUAAUAAAAUAUGGAGUUGGAAAUUCAUGACUGAUAUAAUUUUAAUCAAUGCACCCAUAGCAGUCGAUACUUUCUUUUUUUUAAGCGGAUUUUUACUGGCCUAUUUUUAUAUAAAAGAUAAAAUGGAUAAAAAUCGAAAACUAUUUACUUACAGAGCAAAGAUAAAUGAAUUCUUCGUUCUUGUAAUAAGAAGAUUUAUACGACUGACUCCGGCUUAUAUGACAGUAUUAGCAAUAUCGCAAUUAAGCUCGACUUGGUUUGACAAGACAUCGCAAUUUUUCAUAAAAGAAGUGCCGCAUGAAACCUGCUCGAAAUAUUGGUGGAGGAAUUUUCUCUACAUAAAUAAUCUAUUUAGUUUUAAAACAAUGUGCAUGAGUUGGUCUUGGUAUCUAUCUGCUGAUAUGCAAUUCUUCAUGAUCGGAAUAGCACUAUUAAGUUUGUCGACGACAUAUUUUUACAUGGCUGCGUUUAUUUUGAGUGCACUUUUAAUAAGCUCGAUUGUUCUCACUGGUUAUUCUUCAUACAUUUAUGAAUUUGUUCCGACAUUGGACGAACAGUAUAGACUUUUAGAUGAGUUAUAUUUUCCACCAUGGUUAAGAAUAAGUCCAUAUAUUGUUGGAAUAAUUACAGGUUAUAUUUUAGUACAACUAAACGGAAAAUUGAUUUUGAAAAAGAGAACUGUAAUUUUAUGUUGGUUCUUUGGUAGUGCUUGUAACAUUAUUACGUUACUUAGCCUUUAUGAUCGGCCGAAAGUAUCUAUUCUAACUAGUGCCAUUUACAUGUCAUUCUAUAGAGUCUUUUGGGCUAUAGGUAUAGCAUGGAUUAUGAUAGCGUGUCUUACUCAGCAUGGUGGCAUCGUUUAUCAAUUCUUAUCAUUCAAAGGUUGGGCUCCUUUUAGCAGACUAUCAUAUGGCGCUUAUCUUUUAAAUCCUCUCAUUGUACACUUACUUCGCCUACAAAGUGAAAAAUCUGUUCAUUUUGAAUUGAUAUCCGCACUAACUUUGUGUAUAGGAUAUUUUAUAAUUAUUUAUAUUUGUUCUUAUAUACUAUCCUUAAUAGUUGAAGCACCGUAUAUCUUGCUAAUGCGAAAAAUGAUGCAAGCUUGUAGUAGAAAAAAAAGUAAAUGGCGUAACAGUGAGAAAUUAUAA